CCGUCUCUUUCUGUCAAAGCUUUGAUGUGAUCGCAAAACAACCGCUCAAACGUUCUACCUUGUUGAUUUGUACCUAAUUGUUCAUUAUUUACUCGAUCAAGCUGAUGGAAUCUUCCGCCAACGCAAUGGAAUCUACUUCUAACAUCGGUAAAAUAUUAUUACUACAGGAGGAUCGAGAAAAAAGCUUCAAACAGUGGCCAUUUACCACCGACAAACAAUGCAGUGUACAGAAGAUGGCAGAGGCAGGAUUCUACUGGCAAGGAACGGAUACGGAGAUCGACAUAGCCGCUUGCUUCGUGUGUGGUAAAGAACUGGAUGGUUGGGAAGAAUCGGACGACCCGUGGAGCGAGCACCGGAAACAUGCACCACAAUGUCCGUUUGUGAAAUAUGGUCGAGCGGAAGCGAAUUUAACGGUUGAAGAAUUCGUCAACCUCAUGAUGGCUACACUGAAGAUGAGGUUUCUAAACAACUACACUACCCUUAAGACUAACGCCAAGAUGCUUAUAGAAAAGAAACGGAAGGAAAUGGAGAAACUACUACGAACCAACUAGGAUUAAGACGUUCAUAUCCUGACAUGAACCCAGCACCUAUACAAACCGCGUAAGAGAAUGUUCCAGCUAUACACGACUAAACUAAAGGAAAGCUUUGGAAAAUGCUCAAACUAAUUUCAUCAAUUGUAAUCUCAUUUGCAUCUAGCUUCAAUAAUUCUUCGAAGGGGGUUGGGAUAUUUUGCUUCUACGUUCGGUUAAAUGCUUACACAUGUGUGGUAAAUGCAACGUUCCCAUUGACCGGAUCAUGUAAAAUACACGAGACAGUAGAUGAAUACAUUACAUACUUUUCCAUGAAAUUAGCUAUUAGAUUUCUUUCAUAAAUACACACAAACACAAUUAUUGCUUUGCUAAAUUAAGAUAAAUUGCUUUGUUUUAUUUCCUAUUUAUUUAAGCAUAAAGUAAAUAUUGUG